GAUGCCGAGUAACAGUAUUGGCGGUCACUUAUCAUUUAGCGUUAUAGGGGAAUAAACUAUGCUAUUGGAAUCAAGAAGGAUUUGACUGUGCUUUGGGGAACACUAUUUUCCGUUUAUACAAAUAGCCUCGUGCCUUGUAGAAAACCGAUUUAGAUGGUGUAGAAGUGACAACCGGAUUACGGAUUGUUUUUAUUUGUUGCAAAUGCAAGGAAUCUGUCGCAGUGGCCUACAAUAUUUUACAACGAAUUGAAACAACCAGAAGACGUGACAAUGGCUAUGCAUUUAUAUCAAGUUAGUAGUAUGCUACUAGAAAAUACCGUCGGGAAAAUGAGCGACAACGUGACAUCGGUGGUCCUUGCAGUGUUUGUGAUCACCCUAACUUUGGGAUAUAUUUCUAAACUGGUGCUCAAACAGUCACAAUCUUCCGACGAAGACAAGAAAUACCCACCAUACAUACCUUCUAGCAUUCCAUUUCUGGGUCAUGCCAUAGCAUUUGGGAAAAGUCCCAUUGAAUUUCUGGAGAAUGCAUAUGAAAAGUAUGGGCCCGUUGUCAGCUUUACCAUGGUGGGCAAAACCUUUACCUACCUUCUGGGUAGUGAGGCUGCCACACUGAUGUUCAACAGCAAGAACGAAGAUCUCAAUGCAGAGGAUGUCUAUUCUCGAUUGACAACGCCAGUUUUUGGCAAAGGGGUUGCAUACGAUGUACCUAACCAUAUUUUCCUGGAACAGAAGAAGAUGUUUAAGACAGGACUGAACAUCGCCCAUUUCAAACAGCACGUUGAAAUCAUCGAGGAGGAAACUAAAGAGUACUUUUCAAGAUGGGGAGACAGCGGGGAAGAAAACCUGUUUGAGGCCCUGUCGGAGCUGAUCAUCCUGACGGCCAGUGCCUGUCUGCAUGGGAAGGAGAUCCGCAGCAUGUUGGACGAGAAGGUGGCCCAGCUCUACGCAGACCUGGACGGGGGCUUCAGCCAUGCUGCCUGGCUGCUGCCCGGCUGGCUGCCGCUGCCUAGUUUCAGACGAAGGGACAGAGCACACAGGGAGAUCAAGAACAUCUUCUACAAYGUCACCCAGAAACGCAGAAGCUCUGGAGAGAAAGUGGACGARAUGCUGCAGACCCUCAUAGAUGCCACCUACAAGGAUGGGCGGCCCCUGAAUGAUGAUGAGAUAGCAGGCAUGCUGAUUGGUCUACUCCUGGCUGGACAGCACACAUCCUCCACCACUAGUUCCUGGUUGGGCUUCUUUCUGGGCAAAGAUAAGGCUCUACAGGACCGCUGCUACGCUGAACAGAAAACAGCAUGUGGAGAAGACCUGCCCCCACUCAACUUUGACCAGCUGAAGGACCUGACUUUGUUGGACCGCUGUUUGAAAGAGACCCUCCGACUACGUCCACCCAUCAUGACCAUGAUGAGAAUGGCACGCUCUCCUCAGACUGCAGCAGGCUACACCAUCCCAGCCGGCCACCAGGUGUGCGUGUCCCCGACGGUCAAUCACCGUCUGCAGGACACCUGGACAGAGAGGAUGGAGUUCAGGCCUGACCGCUACCUCAAUGAUAACCCUGCCGCAGUUGAGAAAUUUGCCUAUGUGCCCUUUGGAGCCGGCCGUCACCGCUGCAUUGGGGAGAACUUUGCCUACGUUCAGAUCAAGACCAUCUGGUCUACCAUGCUGCGCCUUUUUGAAUUUGACCUGGUCGAUGGCUACUUCCCCACAAUCAACUACACAACCAUGAUCCACACCCCACACAACCCCGUCAUCAGAUACAAGAGGAGGCAACACUAAGAGACACUGAGCUCAAAACACAGCAGAGAAAAGAGGUUACACCCAGGAGAAGGGCAAGGCUUUGUCCAAAAUGGCUUCCUAUUCUAUAGUGUACUCAUUUUGUCCAGAGCGUCAUAGGGCUGCGGCCAAAAGUAGUGCACUAUAUAGGAAAUAGGGAGCCAUUUCAGAUUUCCCCCAACAAACAACCGUACUUACCAAAAAUGGUUUGAUUUAGAGGAAAUUAUUGUACUUGAAUUUAGGAACUGUGCAAGUUAAUGCACAGAGUUCUGGCUGGAAAUUAACUUUACUUUGUGUUGCCCCCACCUUAUGUUUGCCUUGUUUUUUAGUUGUUAGAAUGGACACUGAAUCAGUUUGUUUUUUCACUAACGGCUUCUAGUCUAAUCCUAAAUUAGAUCUGUUUGUGCAGGCUUCGUCUUUUGGCCAUUCUAUUUCAACUGUCAUGGUAAUACAUAUAACGUGAGCUCCAAAAGUAUUGGGACAGUGGCACAUUUUUUGUUGUUUUGGCUCUGUACUCCAGAACUUUGGAUUUGAAAUGAUACAAUAACUAUGAUAUUUAUGGCUCUGUAACUUUGAGGUUAAAGUGCAGACUGUCAGCUUUAAUUUGGUCCCCCCAAUUUUAGGGGACCAAAAGUAUUGGGACAAAUUCUCUUAUGUGUUUUAAAGUAGUCAAAAGUUUAGUAUUUGGUCCCAUAUUACUAGCAUGCAAAGAUUACAUUAAGCUUGUGACUGCAAACUUGUUAGAUGCACUUGCUAAUAGUUCUGGUUGUGUUUCAGAUCAUUUUGUGCCCAAUAGAAAUAAAUGGUAGAUAAUGUAUUGUGUCAUUUUGGAGUCACAUUUAUUGUAAAUAAGAACAGAAUGUUUCUAAACACUUCUACAUUAACGUGGAUGCUACUAUGAUUACAGAUAAUACUGAAUGAAUAAUCCGUGAGAAAGUGAAGAGGCAUAAAUAUCAUAGUAUCAUUUCAAAUCCAAAGUGCAGAGCCAAAACAAAUGUGUCACUGUCCCAAGACUUUUGGUGCUCAGCGUAGGCUUUCACUGUCUGAAAUGUGAUCGUCUCCUGUGUGUAUGAGUGACACUAUUACAGUAAGGAUGGAUAUUACUGGAGUAAAAAGCACUGCCUUUUACAGAGCAGUGAGAAAUAGUAAAACCACUGAUCCUUAUCCAUUGAUUCAUAGAGAUCAGUGAUCAAACUGACGAGCACUGACUUUGUAUGUACUACUGUCCAUUCAUAUAAUUGUACAAAGAUAGAGAACCUGGGCUGGGUCAAACAAAGAAAAUGGACUUGAAACAUGGAGGGACAACCUGCACUUGCUCAAUGAGACAAAUUUCAGUUUUCUGUUGUGUGCACUAAUAAACACGACUAAGUGUAUUGAGUGGGAAUGUUGGACGGUCAGGGUAAUAUGGGUCAGUUUGACCCAUGUAGUGCCUUGACAAUGGAAAAUUAUUAGUCAAUUUUGUUUUUGAUUGAUUUGACUAUUUGAAGCCUACUGUUGUGAACAUUGGUCCUUUAUAUAUAUAUAUAUAUAUAUAU